AUGGAGAUGGGCAAGGUUUUGACCCAGGUUAUGAUGUCCCAUGGCGGGAGUGUAACCAUCCUCUCGCUGCUGAUAUUGUCGGCUGCUGCAGAACUGCAGCAGCAUAUGAACACACCUAGGACCAGCCUCACCGGCACACCUGUAUGGGCCAAUAUACGAGGUGAUGAUGUGUGCAUCCAAACUUACCCUCUUUUCCCCUCCACCAGGAAUUUCCGGUGCAGCCUGCCGCCCAGCCAGGGCCCUUCUAAGCCCAGAAAGCGCCCUGUGGUGGAGGAGCCCGAAGAACAUGGGAAACGUGCCCAUGCUCCCAGCACCAGAAGAUGGAGCCGCCCGGCGAUGUUGAAGCGACAGCACCAAAAGUCUAGGGUGGUUGUCAGCAGCGAUGAUGGGCUGGAUGAAGAGAUCCCAGCGACACCAGCCAUCUCAACCACCACCAAAGCGUGCCGACAAUAUGUGGAAAUCAAUACUGAGGAAGAUAUAGAUGAAGAAGCCAAUGAGGAAGAUGCUAUGGAACUGCCAAGGAAAUCCACUGCUGCCGUUGUUGCCUUGCCGAUUCCCUCCAGUCCCGAUUUAAUGGAGGAUGAGUUUGCUAAUCCUUUGGCAGAAGUGUGGGCUCCCUGCUGUGGGCAAUGCAUCACGUGGGACCUCAUUUGCCGCCAGGCGUACCGUAAGUCUCAGCCGUUUGACUUUAGCUCCUUACCAAAUCCCACAGAUCCUCCAGUGCAUGCUCUGGCCGUUAGCGAAGUGGAGGAGGAGCAGCCACCAAUGGUGCAUCCCUCCAAUGAGGAGUUGCAGGAUCUCCAGGAUGAAGUUGCUGGCCUUCAGGCGACUGUUGAAGCCUUGCAACAGCAAGUCAUCAACGGUGACCAGCAACUUCAGGAGAGAUAUGCAGCACAAGAAGAACAUGCCAAGCUGCUGGCGGAUGAGCUUGAAGGUCUUCGCCAACUUGCCAUUUCAGUAACCACUCAUCUAACCACCGAGACCCCUCCCACCAAUGCACAUCCAGAGAUCCAGCCAAGCGCCGAACCAUCAUCAGUGCCCCCCAAUGACACUUCAUUCCAGCCAGCCACCCAACCUGAGGGUACCUCAACUGAGGCCCAUCUUGCACUCCCCAAUCUCCCGGCCACUCCUCAAGCUGAGGUUGAUUGUUUGCCAGUGAUAAUGAAGGCUGAUGAGGAUGUGAACUAA